UUCUUAAAACAAUAGAAUUAAUAAUAGCUUCUUGGAUUUCUAUGUUCUUGAUCUCUUCUAUGACCAGCGCUUUGUCCUCCAUUUCUUCUGCCAUUAUUGUUUCCUCUGCCUCUGAAAUUAGCAUGGGUGCUGGUGUUCACACUUGCAUUUGCAUCUUGAUCCUCUUGGCUUUGUCUUCUUCUCUGACCUCUUCUUUUGUGUUGUUUGUCUUUCUUUCCUGAUUCUUGGUCUUCCUCUUCGUCUUUUCCACCUUUGCUCCGUCUGUUCUUUGAUUGCCUUCUUUGUUGACGACCAUCAGAGUCUCCACUCUUGUUCUCUCUCUUAGCGAAGUCUUGCAUGCCUCCUUGGUAACGAUCCUGUUGAUUGCGACCAAAAUCAGCCAUAUUUACAUUUUGACUGUCAUCACCUUUAUUUUGGGAAAGCUCACCGCGAUCUCCGAAUUCUUGAUGACUAUGAUCAUUUUGACUAUUAGAUUUAUCCAUGUUUGGAUGAUUAUAUUGAUCAUAAUGGUAAUCAUGGCCAUCAUUAUCAUCAUGCUCAUCUUGAUCAUGAUCAUCAUGACCAUAAUAAUCAUCGUGCUCUUCAUCGUCGAAUCCUCCCAUAUGGUAAUCACCGUGAUCGUCAUCAUGGCCAUAAUCAUGACCACCAUCGUCACCAGCCUGGAUCUCAAGCUCACCAUAGAGCCCAGUGCUAUCUUCCUGUAGGUAUCUCUUAAUGGUCCCGUCGGUCUUUGCAAGGGCCACCACGAUAAGUAAAAGUAUUGCAAUA